AUGUCGCAUAAGUAUCCUCCAGUCCAAGGGGGUGGCUCUCUGAUAAUUGCUUGGCAGGCUAGGGAUAAGAAUAUCGUUGUUGUUGGGGGUGGUGAGGUAGCUGCCGGACGCAUCCUCCACGCCCUUAAUGCCGAUGCCAAAGUAACCGUGAUCUGCCCAACAUCAGGUCUAAACGAUGAAGUAGCCUUUCGAGUCUCCGAGGGGCAGGUUUCCCAUAAAGAUAAGCAUUUUGAGCCGGCGGAUUUAGACGAAGCGGACAUGGUACUCUGCGCCAUUGACGACCCAGAGGCAUCAUCUCGUGUGUGGAGGCUAUGUAAGGAGAAGCGCAUUCCUGCGAACAUUGCAGAUGUGCCUCCAGAAUGUGAUUUCUACUUUGGCAGCGUCCAUCGGGAUGGUCCAUUACAGGUGAUGGUCAGUACCAAUGGGAAUGGGCCUAGACUGGCUAGAAUUGUUCGGAAAAAGGUUGCGGACGCUAUCCCGGACAACAUGGGAACUGCAAUAGAUAAUGUGGGCAAAUUACGGAAGAAGCUGAGGGAGAUUUCUCCCACCGCCGAAGAAGGCCCGAAAAGAAUGAAGUGGAUGUCUGGUGUUUGUGAAUCCUGGAGCUUAGAGGAAUUAGUGCAGAUGGGUGAGCAGGAUAUGGAUGGCCUUCUUUCCCACUACGCAUCUGGGGAGAUUCCAGGCUUUCAACAGAUCCGAGCUGGCAACGCUUAA